UCUCAUUCAUGAUUAAAUGCCAGUCGUUUUAAGCCUGUGUUGAGUGAUCUAAUAGUUAAAACGUAAAACAAAAACAGUUGCAUCAAUUUUUUUAUAUUUUCUUGUAUGAGAAUAAAUAUGGACAGCUAUUUUUAGUAUCUGCUGCGUCCACCGACAUGGCUAGCGGUCCAACAAAAGUUCUGACCCGCGAUUCCACUGGCGGGGUCGUACUUAUGGUCAACGUUGGUGGAUCAAGCAAGUCCUUCAGGCACAGAAAAGGAGCGGAGAAAGAUUUUGAUAAACUCCAUGAAGUGAUGGUGGAAACACUGGGCCUCACUUUGAUAAACACAGAAGUGAAUCGCGAUUUGUGUAUCGCUGACUGGGACCAUUCAUAUGACGAAAGGGAGGAAAAGCCAGGACAUCCUCCUGAGAAUUGUAGAUGUAUACGAUGUACGAUCGCAAGCUUUGACUUUUCUGAAUCGAAGUGCUUUGUGUUUGCAAUCGGUUCACACGGCUACCUUAAAAACGGACGGCUGAUGGUGCAGUUCCUUGAUAAAACAAAAAGGGUGGAUGUAUCCGUUAAUGAGAUGAUAGACGCCCUCAGUGACAAAAACUGCCCAAGCCUUAAAGAUAUUCCCCGGGUUGUGGUCGUACAAGCGUGCAGGGGUGACAAGGAGGAUGAUGGAAUAGAAGUGAUACAGAGUGAAACAACCGAUCAUGCAUCGGGAUCAGCAGACACAAGCAACCUCGAUGUUGUGCAAGAGCCGAUGGACACUUCCGAAGAGGGGCUUCAGGGAACUGAAGGAGGGGCCGAAAUAUCGUCGGUUGAGGCUAACUUGAACCUCCCGGAGAACUUUCUCGUCGUCUUCACCACCACCCCGGGUCGAGUGUCUAAAACAAAUAUGGCCGACGGGUCAUGGUUUGAGGAUGCCUUAUUCGAUGAGGUCAAAAAACAUGAUUUCAACGAAGAGCCGAGUCUGAACUUUCUUCACUUGCUCACAAGAGUAUUUGACACCGUGUCUAGGCGCGAAUCGAACUCCUCUAACCCGGCUUGGAAUGCGAAAAAGAACGUCCCCUGUCUCCAACAUACACUACUGGCGCCUCUUAUUUUUACAAAGCCAGAGAGCUUCCUCUCCGACGUGCCAUACCCGAGAAACUUUGAGGUAACCUUUGGUGUAUUAAUAACUUUAUACAUUUAUGUUUUCAAGGGAUCUGUUGCGUCCACCGACAUGGCUAGCGGUCCUACAAAAGUUCUCAGCAGCGAUUCUACAGGCGGGGCUGUACUUAUGGUCAACGUUGGUGGAUCAAGCAAAUCAUUCGGGUACAGAGAAGGAGCGGAGAAGGACAUUGUCUGUCUCAAAGCUGUGUUUGUUGAAACACUGUGCUUCACUGUAAUAAAUGGGGAAAUGAAACGCGAUUUGUAUAUCGCUCAGUGGGACCAUCGUUUAAACGACGAAGGGGGUGAAAAGUCAGAAAUUCCUCUAAAGGAUUGUAGUUGUAUACUAUGUACGAUCGCCAGCUAUGAAUUUACUGGAUCAAAGUGCUUUGUGUUGGCAAUCGGUUCACAUGGUUACCUGGAAAAUGGACAGCUGAUGGUGAAGUUUCUGGAUGACACUGGACAGGAUAGUGUAUCUGUGAAUGCGAUGAUAGACGCCCUCAGUGACGAACACUGCCCAAACCUCAAGGGUAUCCCCAGGGUUGUGAUUAUACAGGCGUGCAGGGGUGUCCAGGAGGAUGAUGGAUUGGAAGUCAUGCAGAGUGAAACAACCGAUCAUGCAUCGGGAUCGGACACGAGCAACGUGGAUCCUAUGCGAGAGCCAAUGGACACUUCCGAACAGGCGCUUCAGGGAGCUGAAGGAAGGGCCGCAAUACCGGAAGUUGAGGUUAACUUGAAACUUCCGAAGAACUUUCUCGUCGUCUACACCACCACACCGGGUCGAGUGUCAAAAACAAACACAGUCGAUGGGUCAUGGUUUGAAAAUGCCUUAUGUGGUGAGGUAAAAAAACACGAUUUCAACAAAGAGCCGAGACUGAACUUUCUUCACUUGCUUACACGGGUAUUUGGCUCCGUUUCUGAGCGCGAGGCGAAAUCCACUGACCCGGCUUUGAAGGCGAAAAAGAAUGUCCCCUGUCUCAAACAUACACUGCUGGCACCUCUUGUUUUUACGAAGCCAUAAAACUUAUCCUCCGAUAUGCCAUUACCGAGUAAAUGGUUAUUAUGAAGGUUUCAAUUAAUAUAUUCAUGCUCAUAUUUAUGGCAGCUGCAAUAAGCAAAUAGAAGCACUCCACCACUUGUUUUCCGUCUCAGGGGAGAUUUAUCAAUAUAGCUUACUCAUUUUGGGGUCCCUAGACAUGUCAUAAGUAUGUGUCAUCAACGGUUAAAAGAGACAUGCAAAAUUGGCAAUACCGAAACAUACAUUACUUCCUUGUUCUUGAUCCCUAGUGCGUGGUCGUAACAAACAAGCAUAGACAAUCAUCUACUAUGACCCAUUUAUAAUCUGUGAUCACAGUCAGCAAAACUAUUUUGAAAUGCAUGUCUUACUCAUACGUUACGUGUCAAGGUCAUAUCAUGUAUAUAUCAGCUUAGUGAUUGUUAAAUUAUGGAAUGUCGAUUCUUAAUACAAAUCAAAUAUAUUCAGAAUAAAUCAUUUUAACAAUAUUUACGAAAAUCUAUGUAAAACAUAGGGUUAACAUGUUACUGCUUUACAUGUUUAACUUUUUAUAGACGAUGACAAAAUAAGAACACUAUUAUUGUUGUCAAGAACACUAGAAUCCAAAUCAGAACAACAUUCAUACUAAGUUCAAAUACAAACAAAUAGACAGUUAUUCAACUAACAUAUUUUUAUUUAAUCUCAAGACACCGAACA